GUUUUUCCUUCAGAUAUUGACGAGUGCAGUGCUUCCAUCAGGCCCUGUGACGUCAAUGCAAACUGCCAGAACAGUUAUGGCUCCUACACAUGUUCCUGCAAAAGUGGAUUUUAUGGGAAUGGAAAAACAUGUAUAAAUAAGCCCUAUUUGUUAAUAAUCUUUUAGUCACACUUCUCAGAUUCAGUUUAUUAGUUAAGCUAUAACUAAUUCCUCUCUACGAGUUUUGAUCAUUUCAUCUUUUAUAAAUAGGCUCGCGCUUACUGAUAAAAAACAAAAUUUUUAUCUCGAAAAGCUUGUGACUACCGGUGUAAAGCUUUCAAAGACUUGUUUGACAAAGAGCGAGAAGAUAAAGUAGCAAAAAAUAUACGGUUUAUGAAGCAUGGGAUUAUCGUUUUGCAAUAGUUAAGAACCAUUAUUUACUUCACAUUUUUAAAUUUUCUGGCCGAUUGUGAAUAUCAGAAGGCAAAACCGAGCGAGUGCCCCCCCCCUUUUUGUUUCCUCUGGAAAACUAUAGUUAGAAAGAGAGGCUCUUAAAAUUGCAAUCGGUGUCUUAAAUCCUCCUAGUUAUAUCGAUUUACCUCUGACUCAAAAGGUAGCCUUCAAAGAGUGUCUUAAUGGGGUGAUGGCUUUUACGGCUAACGAUUAAGAUUUUGGCCAAUUUGCAUCUAACUUUUAUAUCUUUUCAUUAUAGUCACCCGAAAGAUUUUACGGAAAGAAAAAUCAGAAAAACAGAAGAAGGGUGAAAUCAUUGCACAAUUCGUUUCAAGCUAUGAAAAGAAUACGAAGCUAACAACUACAAUAUUUCUAUCAUAUGCCAGAAAGACGUAGACAAAAAUUUAAAUGUUCAUACACGAUUAUUAAAAAAAAGAAAGUAUUAGAACUGUUCUUUUAAUGCAGGCUGGACUCUCAUCGCUCGAUUCUCAAACAGCGAUGGCAAGAAUUGGAUGCGUGACGAUGGAUUUUGGUGGUAUAACCGACAAAUUGCCACUGGAACGACAAACAACCCUUUAGUGAACGACGAUAUGAUUUCAACAGCCUUUUGGUCGAUCAGCGGCAGAGAAAUAAAGAUCACGCGCAGUGACGACCCCAGCCACAACCCUUUGUUACAGACCACAGGUAACUGUUUGGGUGGACAAACAUUCCGAUCUAAAAUCACAAGUUAUGGCGACUUUAGAAAUGGCAAGGUCUGGGCCAGUGAUCAGUGUCUGGGAAGUUGUACGGUUCAAUAUGGCGGACAAUAUAAUUCAACAGACGGGUUUCAACAGGCUGAUUGCAAUGGAAACAUCCAGAGCGCUAAGAGGAUCGGCUUCUGGUGUGACUGGGAAAGUGGGGAUGGAGCAGUGGUGAUGAUUGGUGGGGGAGGAAGUAGCUGUGCACGUGCUGAUCAUGGGAUUGGGAUCACAGAAACUAACGAAGCUUCUUUUGUUGACCUGGGAAGCAUUGCCACUGAAUAUGACUUUGGUUACGAUGCUAACAUAAAUAACGCUCCAGCCCAGUCUUACUCGUUGAAUUUGUGGAUCCGUUAG